AGCGAAGAGAGAUACCAUCCAGUUUUAUACCAGGUGAAUGAGACACAAUUGGCUGACAACCUUCAGCAGCGAUUUAAGGGCAAGACACUCCUGCUACAUGAAGAAAGUCGUGUGAGGACUGUGCUGGACAUUUAAUCACCUCUACUUGUAUUUAGAGAUAUGCAGACUUUGGUGGGGAUGUUGAUGGUUCUGGUGGUCUCAGGUGAUAGAAGGGAAGAUGUCGAAGGCUUUCUUGGAAAAGGAGUCAUUCUGCCGUGCCUCUGCUUGAACAGAACUUUGAAUCUGGAGUUUAAGUGGCAGAAAACACAGUGUAUUGUUAAACACACUGGGAACACUUCAGACUUUAGUAACAACUACGAAAGCAGAGCCAAACUAUUUGUGUCAAAGAACAGCAGCGACUGCUCCCUUCUCCUGAAGAACAUCACACUGGAGGACGAGGGGAUGUACACAUGUAUAUUCAGGGUUAAAGGUGUAUACACACGCUCCUUGGUGAAUCUUACUGUUUCUGUGGUUAAUAUUUCUAUGAUAUACGGCACUGGACCUGAACCUACGUCUCCAGACCAUAUCCGGACCUCGUGUCUAGUGAUGCCCUUUGCGUUGGUGGUUGUACUUUCCCUGUUCUUGUUUCACAACAGGACAGGUUCAGGGUGAGCUUUCCAGCUGAAUAGUUAUUGCCCUCUGUAACUGAUAUGUUUUUUUUUUGUGGCAUUAUUUGAUUGUUACUAUUAAUGAAUCUAUUUGUGCAGCUUCUCCUCAUCAGUGUAUUGCAUUUUAUGGUCUUAUUAUAUAAUUUUAUGUAAACAACUCAAAAACCCUGUUAUAAAGAACAGAGUCUAAAAUGUAGCUAGAAGGUCAAAAAAAGGUCAAAAUAAAGUAUUAAGUAGCAUAAAAUAGAAAUACUCAGGGAAAAAUAUCUUGAAUUUGUAGCUAAGUGGAGUAAUUUAGUACAUGGUUAUAGUUUACUGCACACAUACAAGCAUACAUACGUUUACAUUUUUAUAUAAAGAAUAUCUGUAGUUAAUAUUUAAUGUUUAAAAGAAAUUAGUUAAAGGCUUCAUAUGUUAAAAAUCCAUUUUUAUCUGCCAUAUAAACUUGGAGGUGUAGAAUGAACAUGGAGAAUGUGAAGACGCUCACUACUGCCUUUGAUCUAGCCCCUUUUCGACUAGAUGGCCAACCAGCUUUACGAGCCAGUCACAGUUUUGUUCAGUUUCUAAGACCAAACCGAGGAACCAACAGUUGACAGGCUAAAAAAGUUUAUAAUCCUACACCAGAUGAGCCAUUCUGAACGAUUUACUUUCUACUGCUGCUUCUGCCAACUAUGAAAUGUCUGAUCUACGAGCAAAACACACCAAAUGCUGGCUGCAAGAGUGAACACAAGCGUCUUCAUGCACUUCCAGCAUCUGAGGAAGUGAAAACUCUGCGGAUUACCUGUAACAGUGAUGGCAAUAUCACCACAACAAUCAGAAAAUCUUUAGUGUUAUGUCAUUUUGCAGCUAAUGUGGCUAACACUAUCAUGAACUUUGAAUAAGCUAGUUGGAUGUGAACCUUUUCUCACCUGAACACUGGACAGGAGUUAAAACUUUAUAGUCAAGACUCUACAGAAACUUCCAUCCAUCCAUCCAUCCAUUAUCUAUACACCGCUUAAUCCUUACUAGGGUCGCAGGGUGGGGCUGGAGCCUAUCCCAGCUGACUCGGGCGAAGGCAGGGGACACCCUAGACAGGUCGCCAGUCUGUCGCAGGGCUACAUAUAUAGACAAACAAGCACUCACACAUUCACACCUACGGGCAAUUUAGAAUGAUCAAUUAACCUCAGCAUAUUUUUGGACUGUGGGAGGAAGCCGGAGUACCCGGAGAAAACCCACACAUGCACAGGGAGAACAUGCAAACUCCAUACAGAAAGAUCCCGGGAAAGCCGGGACGCGAACCAGGGACCUUCUUGCUGCAAGGCGAAAGUGCUAACCACUACGCCACUGUGCAGCCCUCUACAGAAACUUGAUUUAUUAAAAAAUUCUCAGAUAAAUAUAUGAGUUUGUACACAGUUUUCUAUAGUUUUAAUUACAACAGGGCAAUCUUUGAAAAUGCUAUACGAGUUUAUAUACAGGUGAAGUCUGUGAAUCGUUUAUUUAUUCUACAUGCAUUCAAAUAAUGAUGCCAGACCUGUCCCUCUCAAACUGUGUAAAUAAAGAGAAAAUGAUGACGAAAACACAACAGUAAGAAAUACAGGACAGACUGUCAGAGUUGAAACUUUUGUGCAGAUGUUAUUACAACAGUCCUCUCUUUCUGUUGCUAAAUAUUGAAAGAAUGAAAUCAACCCAGUGUCAACGCAGCAGAACUGCAUGUUGUCUAAAGUUUGUGAUGUGUGAUUUGAAUGUGUUCAGCCUCUAUAGCUUUCUAAAUCAAUAUACAGUAUUCACUAUCCUUCAAAGGUUUGGGAUCACUUAGAUGUGUCCUUAUUUGACUGAUAUGGACAGAAAGAGACUAAACAGAAGGUCAGGAGGAGGUUCUGUCCUGGACUGUUCCCUGGACUCCAUAGAGGAGGUGGGUGAGAGGAGGAUGCUGGCAAAGCUCACAUCCAUCAUGGACAAUCCCUCUCACCCACUGCAUGACACUGUGGGGUCUUUAAGCAGCUCCUUCAGCAGCAGACUGAGACAUCCACCCUGCAAGAAGGAACGCUAUCACAGGUCCUUCAUUCCAUCUGCUGUAAGACUUUACAACAUCAGCAUCACUGGCUGAUGUUAACAUAAACUGGACUAUAUCAUUACCACCCCAAAUCAUAAAAUCUGCACUGACAUUAUUGCACUGCUACAUCUUUGCACUUAUUCAAUUAAUUUUUUCAAGCCAUUUUAUAUUGUGUUGUUUACAGUGUGUCAAUACUGUACUAUUUCAUCCUCACUUCUCAUCUCUCUACAUAUUUUAAAUAUUAUUACUACUAUUUUAUUUUUUUAUUUUAUUAUUAUUUUAUUACUACUACUAUGUUUAUUGCUACAUAAGCUGCUGUAACAAUGUGAAUUUCCCCUGGCGUUGGGAGAAAUAAAGGACUAUCUUCUCUUAUCUUA